GAGGCUGGUCUGUGACGUCAGCUCUUCCCCUCAAACUUCUGGAAGGCACGGAAGCGCUCCGAGGAGAAUUCUCCGUAUGCUGUUAUGAACGUCCUCUGAUUGGCACGGGCGGGAAAAAAUUGUAGUCUUCUGUUGUCGUGGUUUGUCUGCUAUGUUGUCUUUGUUGUAGACGUCUUUCCCUUGUUGAGAAGCUGCGUUUCAGAUCUCUACGGCACUAUGAACGGGGAAGCUGUUCAGUUGGAUGUUCGCAGAACUCAGCCCCUUGCCAGCCCAAACGACAGUGAUGUCUCGUACAAGCGGAUGAACCUCUUCAACGUCCAGGGACUCCUGCUUCAACGCAAUAUUUUCGACAAGGAUAUUAUACGCAAAGUGCUUUGGUUCAAGGCCCUGCCCGGAGACAUCUUCGUUGGCUCCUAUCCAAGAUCGGGGUCGACCCGAGCCCAGUACGUCAUCUGGGCCCUGCUGCACGAGGGCAAACCUCUACCAGACUUCCACACGCUUCUGACGCGAGAAUUUCCCUGCAUCGAAGUCGUGGACUCCGACACGGUCUGCCCCAGGAACGGUGGACCUCGUCUCGUCAAGCAUCACUUGCCGUACGCGUUCAGCCCGACCGGCCCGGACACGAAGCACGUCGUUGUCCUGAGGAAUCCAUUGGAUGUCUGCGCCUCGAACUUCGUGCACAUCCGCAGGACGUACGAAGGGGAGUUCAAGGAUUUCUUCGAAUGUUUCGUGAGAGGCGAGGUUCCCUUUGGAGAUUACUUUGACCACGUCAACUCCUGGUGCGAGAAGAGUCAGGACGAGAGUGUCCUGCUGCUGUGCUACGAAGAGAUGGUCGAGGAGCCGGUUAAGGCGGUGAAGACCAUUGCAGAGUUUCUGGGCCUCGAUGCUGGCGAGGAAAGGUUGAAGAAGAUCGUUGAAGAGACGGACUUGGAGAAGACGGUCGGCGGCAGGGACCAUCUGAAGGAAGAAGUGCUCAAAGGAACUGUCGGGUGUCACAGGCAGUAUUUGAGUGAGGAGCAGAAGAAAGUUCUGGGGGACAUGAUGAAAGAGAAGAUUCAGGAUGGGAGGUUGAAGAGUGUUUGGGAGAAGCUUUUGUAAAAGGUUCGCUCUUUCAUGGUAGGGGAGGGGGAAGUUUUAUCGUUAUAUUCCAUUGACAUCUUUUUCCUUCCGGAGUUCUUGUGAGCCUGGAGCAGAAUGGAUGAUCAUUUUCAGUGACGACCGCUGAAUUCCGCAUGAAUGAAUGCUUGUUUUAAACACAUGAAAAACUCCACUGUGAAUACUUCGCAAUAUCUGCCCCCUUCGCGGAGAGAAGUGUCUAACGGAUGUCCGAGAUGUCGACGACGUACUGCAGUAUUGCAGCAUUAUCCUCACAUUUAAAUGAGUACCUAGCUUGUUAAUGAAGGCAGCUCAUAGGCUUGACAUAAUGACAGUACCUGAUGCAAUAAAGAGAUGUGAUAGGAUCUUGCAUG